CCGAACACCGGAACAAGCCAACCCACACAAAUGCGAUGAUGACUCGAUUCAUCCAACGUAUGAUUCACAUGUCUUACAUAUCGAAGCCGUCCCUUUCCUACAGCUGCGCACUCAAGUAGUUGUUCUCACACACGCAUAUCUCCACGCUUCCACCUGAGCGUCACUACCCAAACGAGUAGAAUCGACUGAAACCGACUAGAAUCGAUUCGAAAAUCAUUGAUUCAUCAUUUGGCGAGUAAGCGAAGUAGUGCAGGUACUGGCUUGCACAAUCAUAUCAGUUGUGGAGUGAUAUCUAAAUCGGGCAAGGUCUUGGAAAUUUUCUGUUCAGUAGCAAACAAAUGGACGUGCUAAAAUUUAUAAAAUGUGUGCAGCAGCGCGAUUGUAUCUACAACAAAAAUAGUGCCGACUAUAGACAGCGCGAUGUCGUGUUUGAUUCGUGGCGCAGCAUUGCGCGUGAAAUGAAUAUCAGCGUAAUCGAAUGCAAGGAAAAAUGGCAUAAUCUUCGCAGUAAUUAUAUGCGAGAGCGCAAGAAAAUCCUUGGUCCUGGACUUAGGAAGUGGCACUUACUAGAUGCUAUGAGCUUCCUGGAACCCCAUCAUUGCGCUAGAGGUGCUCAGAAAAGACGACAGCGUAGGCAAUCGUUCCCUGGUCUUCGUUCAGAUGUUAUUCAUGAAUUAGAUGAUUUCGAGUCUUCAACCCCACAAAAUGUUACAUCUACCGAACAAUUCAGUUUUGAUGACAUCAGUGAACUCCAACAGUUCCAGGAGGAAAAAGAACCACCCCAAGGCCACAACACUAAUUCCACUGUUGAUAACACUGUGAAAUUGGAAACUAGUGAAACAGACAAAAUUCAAAGAAGUGAAAAAUUUGGAUCAAGUACGAACUGCGAACACGGAGGGGCCCAGUGCCACGUCGAAAUAAUGUCUCCACAACCUGCGGGUGAACAAUAUAAACGACGUCAGCGGAGUACAAAGCGCCGAAAAUGGGACAGCAUUGACUAUGAAUAUUUGAAACAAGUUCGUAAACUAUCCCGUCAUCUAAAUCAGUCAACCGAAGAUCCAGAUAGGAUGUUUCUGCUGAGCCUGCUUCCUUUGGUUAAAGAACUCACACCUAAAGAUAAUCUUAAAUUUCGGGUUCAAGUUCAACAGAUAUUACAGGAAAAAUUAGACAAAUAAAGGCAGUGAUAAUUUUAAGCAGUAUUUGGACUUUUCGAAGGGUCAUACCCUGAAAAGUUGAUAGAAAAAAAUAAA